GAGAAUAUAUUAUCCAGAUCUAACCUUGUCUCCUUCCUUCUUCACUCUCGACAUGGUAGACCCGGCGACAAUCUCGCUCAUCGUCUCCAUCAUUGCGACCCUUGCGGCAACAGCGAGCUCUGUAGCGAAUGUUGUGAAAACAGUUGUCGAAACUUUAGAAAAGAAUCGAGGGAACGGAUGGAAACCAAAUGCAGAAUCUAGGAAAGUGCUUACAAAUAUUAGCUCCAAGAUGGGCACAUCAUUUCAAAAGCUUGACGGGAGAAAUUAUAGGAUCUGGAGCACGGAGAUGGAGAAAUUGCUUAAAUGCUAUGAUCUCUGGGACUUGGUGGAAGAAGGGUACAAAGAGAAAGGACUCAAAGAUAAGGCUUCAAAGAAAGAUCGGGAGAAGGAUUUCUUGAUUACCGUGAUUCUCUUGAUAGCAGUUGACGAAUCAGUUAGCCACUGCGUUCUUGAUGCAAACAACUCAAAAGAGGCUUGGGAUGCGAUAAAAACGCAAUAUAAAGGCAAAAGCUUGAAGUCAUAUUUCUGUUUGAGAUGUAAAUCAUAAAGAAGGUGAUCUUAGGUAGUGGAGUAGGCUCAAUUGAAUUACUCUAAAAUUGAUGUAUCUCUUUCUCUAAUCUUUACCUGUAAUCCUAGCAUAUUCAAUUGUAUUUUUUUAGGAGUUGUUUGCAAAAUGACUUUAUCAACCAAA